GGAGUUGUGACUGUUAAUGAGAUAAUCGACUUGGCUAAGAAGUCUAGUAAGGAUUGCCUUAUCUUUAAGGUGGACUUUGAGAAGGCUUACGAUUUGGUCAGCUGGAGCUUCCUGGAGUAUAUGAUGCGGAGGUUUGGUGUUGCGGAGAAGUGGCGUAGUUGGAUUCGUGCCUGUGUGUUUUCUGGCACCUCUCGGUCUUGGUUAAUGGGUGCCCGACAGAAGAGGUGA